AUGCCUCACAACCAGGACACCACACUCGUGGUCUCCCAUCCGCAGACUAAUGGUGUGAAUGGCAUCCAUCUUGAUCCACAAGCAAUACCCAACAGUCACAAGUCCGCCAUUACCGACGACGGUCGACGCGCCUUCCCGACCCUCGAAGUACCUGUAUUGAUCAUUGGUGGAGGACCCGUCGGUGUCUUUUGUGGCAUUCUUCUUGCCAAAUAUGGGAUUCGCAGCACCAUAGUGGAACGACACGCCACUCGGCUGGGACAACCUAAGGCACAUGCGAUCAAUCCUCGAUCACUUGAGAUUUUCAGACAGGUCGGGCUGGACACAGAUCUGCUACGAAGUCUGGGAUUGAGUCCUGCCGACGGAGAUCUGGUCAGAUUUGCGGCUUCUAUGACAGGUACUGAAUACGGUAACCUCCCCUAUGAACGGCAGUGGCCCGAAACCAAAGAGAUCACCCCGGAGCCCCUAUUCAAUAUGCCACAACCUGUCUUAGAGGACUAUCUCUAUGAUGUAGCCAUGCAAUGUGGCAUGGUCACCGUGUGGAGAGGAAUCGAAUGGCUAGGUAGCCUAUGCACUGAUGACGAGUACGAGGAGUCCUGUCUGUGGAACCAAAGAACCAAAAGAGUCACGCAAAUUCGGAGCAGGUAUCUUUUGGCUUGCGACGGAGCCAACGCGCGAUCCCGGGAGCGACUGGGUAUCCCUUUCUCGGUCGUCGAUGGCCACUCUCGAGCUCCAGCCCACCAUAUAUCAAUUCAUUUCAACGCGAACUUGAGGAAGCUGAAGAGUGGCACUUUGUGGUUCAUUAUGAGUCCUAAGGAAAACGGUACAUUCAUUUGCUACGAUCGCUCUUCAAGCUGGGUAUAUGUGAUGGACUACGAUCCCGCCGUCACCCCCGCAGAAACAUUUACAGAACAAUCCUGUCGCUCUGCGAUCGAGAACGCUAUUGGAAGAAAGUUCGAAUUCGACAUCCUCGACAUCACAUUUUGGAGCACUAGUCCUCGAAUAGCCGACUUUUACAGUUCCGACGCCCACCCGACAGCUUUCUUGGUUGGAGACGCCGCUCAUGCAUUCCCCCCUACUGGCGGACUCGGGAUCAACACAGGUUUUGCGGACGCGCAUAACCUUGUGACAAAAACUUUUGCCGUCGAGAGCAAAUGGACUGACACGCCGCAGAAGUUCCUAUCAUGCUACGGGCACGAAAGACGCCCGCUUGCAAUCGCAAAUGCCGUACAGAGCUUCAUCAACCAACAAAAACUGGGAAAGUUACGAGAGGUUAUUGUGGAAGCCUCGGGAACUGACCCUCAAGCAAGAGUGCAGAACCCAGAGUACCGGGAACAGAUUGAAGACGCCAUCAGGGAUAAUGUGGACCACUUCGACUCGAUAUAUCUUCAGAUUGGUUACGAGUAUAAUGAUAAUCUCAAAGGCCGUCUGAAAAGCUGCCGAGACUUCGCCCCCCGGUGUGCGCCUGGAGCUCGUUUGCCUCAUGGAUGGAUCAGACGACAUGGCAUGACUUGUUCAACACUCGAUCUAAUCGACGGUGAUACCUUUGUGCUUUUGGUAACUUGCGAAUUUGGAACGCAAGACACCGCGGUUCACUAUCUGACAGCGCGCGCAGUCCCUGUCAGAAUCUGGCGUGCUGGAGUAGACUUUUUGGACUUGGACGGGAGGUGGUCAGGUUUGAUGGGCUUGACAAAUGGCGAAAGUGGAAUCUUGAUCAGGCCAGAUCAACACAUUGUGGGCAGAUUCAAGAAUCUAGAAGAGACAGAGAUUGCUCUACGAGACUAUCUCCACCGUUAA